AUGCAGCUCACAUCAAUCCUCGUCACCGCCCUCGCAGGCCUCGCCACAGCCCGCUCAACCCCCUCCGAACGCCGCCAAACCUCAACCCCAAGCUGCCGCCUCGUCGCGCCCACAGACCUCAACUUCGGCGUCGCCGACCUCCGCUCCGGCACCGUCGUCACCAAAGUCCUGACCUUCCCCGUCGGUCCCACCACCGCUGGUCCCUGCCAGCUCGUCGGCGCCUUCAGCCAAGGCUUUCCCAUCGACCAGGGCGGCGACGCUUUCGCCCGCCUCAACGUGCGCGCGCUGGACGGUCCCGCUGCUGGUAGCUUGGUCGGUAGCUUUGGGCCGCUCGAGGUGGCGAAUGACGCUGUUGUCAAGGAUACCGUGCAGGUCGUCAACAGCUUUUCGUGCCGUGAGAGUUUGAGCUUCGAGUUUGCUAUUGCGAAUGAUGCGGAUGUUGACGUUGAUAUCAAUGUUGCAUUCACGGCUUCUGGGCUCGGCGGGUUCUUCGUGCAGGUUGGGGACCAGUGCAACUGA